AUGGAGACCCACGACAAGAAGCACACGACGCAAGGCUUCACCGGCAGCGCGACCGACGAAAAUCCGAGGUCCGUGUACUAUCAGGCAGCCGUUGUGGAUGUGAGUGGACGCGUGUACAGAAUGUAUCCACGGAUUAGUUUUCGCAUGCGGCAGCUACAGGGACCGAUGCACGCGACGCGGGGCAACAUCGACAUGCGGCACGCGAGGUACUCGAUGGACAUGGAGCCUCGACACAGGUUUCGCGUCCCGGUAAAAGAUCCGGAGGCAGAAGGAGCAGCUGUUGUGGAAAAGGAAAUCGAGGUCAGUAGUUUCAUCCCUCGUGGAGUCCACACAACUGGCGGAAAGUGGUGCCAUGCGAGUGCUGCCGAUCCAGGACUAUCUUCCACCGGCUCUAAGGACACAGCAGCGGAGAAGCAUCGAUAUGAAGUCAUCCGGCCAGGAGAGGUGCGGGAGCUCCGACUUCCGACUCCGUAUCCGUGUGGUCAGCAGAUUUCUAUCUUUUUGGCGGGCAGGCAGCGGCAGAACUUCACGCUAUCGUUUCCGAACGAGACGUACCCGAGGCCAAUUUUCGUGAACGUGACACCCUCUUACGAGGUCACGUUGUGGGUCAGGACAAGUGGCGCGAGUGCGAAAAAGAUCCGGGUUGACCAGAAGGGCCGCGCGCUACUGGAAACGCUCAUGCUGCCGAUGGGGCUAGGGACGAAGACAGCAGACAGCAUUUUUGGCGAUGUCGGUCCAGGGUUCACGCCUGCGGUGAACAAGAACGAAACGGUCAACACAGAAACGGACGCCGCGCUGCUUGAUGGUCCUCUCGGGCGUUGUUUCACCGAGGACGUUGCCGUGGGAAAGAAGAGCAAAGUUACGAAUCCGACAACGUACACGCACUACAACUUGCAGGCCACGUUCAACAAGACACUACCGAUGGCGACCGAUGACAGCAUGAUCGCACUGGCGCAGGAGGCAGAAAAGAAGUAUCAGCAGAAGAAGCGCACGAUCACCGAAGGAUCGACAGCGUGGAAACUAUUUCUAGUCCAUGCGCAGCUCAGGAAUUGGGACGUGUCUCUGUUCGACGAGGACGCAGCAAUUUUGACCCGGUAUUUGGACGCGGGAGAAGCGCAGGUAACAGCAGAAGAGGUGGCGCUCAUCCUCGAGGUUAUGAUCUGCCUCUGUGACCCGCGAGCUUUUACCGUCGAGGGGAAUAAGCAUCGAUUUUUCCUCGGGUACGUUUUGGGGUGCGAAUCGAUCCGGUACGAGCGAUCGCCGUUACCUUCGAUCAAGGUCAAGCAGCUGCACCACGCGGAGAAGACGAUCCAGACACUUCUCAUGACGCGAGAAACAUCAACGGAGAAGUGCAGGGAGUUCGUUCUCGCGGUAGACAAG